AUGUCACCACAACCCAACCUGAUGGAGGUAAUAUCCUCUGUAUCACCCGUACCCGGGACCCCGAACCGAUUCGCAGUGGAGAUAACUCGAGACUGGUGCACCCAACACUCUAUCCUGGGAGGAUUGUCAACCGCGGUCAUGUUGUCCGCUGGUCAACAAUUCCUCGCUCAGGAAUUCGGCACAGCCCGGUAUCCUGACCCCGUCCAUGCGUUCGUGCAGUUUCUACACAUGGUCCAUCCCGGCCCGUUACUCAUCACGUGUACUCUUCUCCGUGUGUCUUCCAAACAAUGUGUUGUUCAAGUGGAACUCGCGCCUGCCCCCCAAUCAUCAGACGGAUCACGCUCCUCCCGAACAAGGAUACUCGGCAUCUUCACGUACGGCAACAUACCAAGGGAAACGGGACUAUCACAACAGACCACCCCGGCUGUUGCAGCCGCAUUCCCCGACAGGGAAAAGGAGUGCGUUGCCAUCGAUGAUCCAGUUGUCUACGCAACACCCGUCACUGCGAAGAUGAACUGGGUAGCGCCGCAAUCCCCCAAUGGACUAUGGGGCCACCGUCUCGGUGGCCACCAUCGCGAAGUUUGGCUAUCAUUCCGCGACGGCUCCAGAUUCUCAGAUAUUUUGCACUUGGCGUAUCUUUCCGAUCUUCCGCUCCAACCACCAGCGACCCAUAUCCCGGGAUUUUACGCCAGGUACGCCAUCUCCACUCUCUGCUUAUCGAUCGAGUUCAAGAAACGGCCCACGCCGGUGACCGAAUGGGUUAUGAUCCGCUCCAACUCCAACAAGGUUCUAAACGGUCGCUACGACGCUGGGCUACAUAUAUUCGAUGAGAAAGGCGAACUACUAGCAUUGAGUAGUCAUGUUGUGUUCGCGUCCGACUUGAAGCCGAAGCCGACAGCUCGGAUGUAA